AUGUGUAAACAGGUGUGUGCUGUGUGGGAGGUGUCUCUCUCUGACGGACUUCACAGAAUCGAGUUUGAACAUGGAACCACCACUGGAAAGAGGGUGGUCUACGUCAACGGACAGGAGGUGCUUCGCAGAGACUGGAUGUUUAAACUGGUUGGCUCAGAGCAGUUUUCCUUCGGCGUUCCUCAGAGCAGAGCUGAGAUCCGGAUCGCAGCCGUGGGAGGAUUCUCGUACGAAUACUCACUCCAUGUGAACGGACUCACUCUGCAGAAGUUCACCCAGAACCGAACCAAGACCACACAGACCUGGGACCUAGGACUGGACCGGGACCGGUACAGGAUCGUACUGGAGAGGAACACCAUGGACGUCUGGUGCAACGGACACAAGAUGGACGCCGAGAGCGAGUUUGUGGAGGACGGCACACAGACACGGUUCUUCAUGGGACAACGUGAAUUCUGCCUCAGAGCAGAACAGGGGAAAAAGAGCAUCACAUACUGUCUCCUGCUGGACGGGCAGAGAAUACACCACACUUAA